ACUGAGGAACAAGUAUGUCCUAACCUUUGCAAUACCCUCAAUACCUACCUAUAAAUGCCUAGUGCGUAGGCCGAGCCUCUUGCAAAGCGGCGAGCGCUCGAUCUUCAUUCAGUUGAGUAGUAUAGAGGCCGACCGCUCUGUGCACGGUGACCAAAGGAGGCACGCAUGGCAACACCCAAGGGGGUGAGGAGGAGCCUCGUAUUGAGGACCCUGGAGCGGUGCAAGUCGGCGACAGGCCGGAGCGGCGGCGCAGCGUCGUCGUCUGUGGCUGGGUGCUUCUCGGUGUACGUCGGGCCGGAGCGUGAGCGGUUCGUGGUGCGCACGGACUGCGCCAACCACCCGCUGUUCCGGCGGCUCCUCGACGACGCCGAGCGCGAGUACGGGUACGCGUCGCAGGGCCCGCUCGCGCUGCCGUGCGACGUCGGCACGUUCCUCGACAUCCUGUGGCAGAUGGACCACGGACACCACCACCACCACCACCACGACGGCAGUGCCGGCGGGGACGAGAUCCCAAAGGCGGCGUCGCCCAUAUGCGGCUUGCUGCUGGCUAGCCGCGGCAAGUGCCGGGCCGCUGGGUACCGCCGGAUGCUCAGCCGGGCGAAGACGUCGUUGGCCACUGGGAGCAGCUUCUCCCACGGUUCACACUUGGCAGAAGGAAAUUAAGGACGCAGGUGCUUAACUAAUAAACUUAGUGACCCUCAUUUGGUCGUAGACUCAUAGUCAUACCACACCAAGCUCUGCGUUUUUCCUGAUUAGUUGGAGAUUCGCAUACGUAUUGUAUACGGAAGUCUGCGUUCUAUAUAUAUUCCCUAUAAAUAUCCACAUGUUGACCUUGACCAAUAUAAGUUCGAGUGACAAGUAAUAUGGAUCGAAGAAAAUAGUAAGUUUGUAACACAUAGUUCAUGAUGUAAAUUAUUGACUUUUAUAUGGCAUGGUUCUAUCAUCUAAACUACACUUUGAAGAAAAAUUGCUUAUUUAUCACUUACAUGCGCUCGCUUCCUUGUUAAAUUUCAAUUGAACAACCGCAAACAUAAAAUUUCAAUUGAACAAACACGGGCCCCAGAGACGACCAAACAAAACCCAUCGUGUUGAAACAGUAGUACUCUCUCCAUCCUAAAAUAAGUGUCUCAACUUUGUACUAGCUUUAGUACAAAAUUGUAUUAAGCUUGAGACAGUUAUUUCGAAACGGAGGGAGUGCAUGGCAAGGCAUGAAAGCAAGAAACAUCCGCCGUAAUAAGAGCCCAAGCACCAAUAAGCUACGAAACAAUCCUAACUCCAAUACCAUGACAACAACGGUGAUAGCAGCUGAAGCACAAACACCGAGGAGACAAAACCACCAUCAGCCAUGAGAUGACACCACAUGCAGCAGACUAGAUGCAACGUCGUCGAGCAACACCGUCGGACCGGGAGUCACCCAAGCCGUGGAGGGAGGGCCAUGAGGGGCGAUGAGCACCAACCCGA